CACGCCUCCUGUUACUGUGUGCGUGCGCGAGCCAUCUGCCUGUACCUUAAUAGGGGUCAAGAUGCACCGCUAGCUGAAGAGAGGAGUGUUGCUAAUGGGACUGACACCUCUGUACUCGGUCUGUUAGCAGAUUUAGGAAAUUACACCGAUUCGUUUCAUCAAGGCGAGGCCCCAACGAAGCCGGGGCUUUAAAAUGUCGGACAAUUACAUGGAUUUUACAACCUGAAGCCGCUAAUUAAAUUACGGCUUCGUUUUUCUGAGUCGGAUUUCAGGAUGAAUGGACGCUGAAGUGAUUUAUUUGAGGUGUGUCUCAGUGUGAGGUCAGGUGUUCACGUCCGCCUUGUUAAUUAAUUGAAAGCAGAAUCAAACCGCUAAUCCCGGAAGCAAGAAACUACAAUAACAUGUUUCAGCUGUGGGGAGUCGUUUGUAAAGCAGCCUCACUGUGUUUGACAGAUGAAGUGGAAGACCGCUGGCCUGUGAGGGACUCAGCUCAUCACGGCCCCAGGCUGUAGAAUCCACAGCAUCCAGCCGCUUAACAACAGGGAUCCCACCACCGCCUGCAGCCUGGAUGCAUCUGAAAGUUUUGGGAUUCGUGUCUUCAUCGGGAAACUUUCACCUAUGGUUCGUGAAUAUGGAGCCAAGUUGUGGUUUCUCUCCGGGAAACGUCGCUGCGCUGCUGCAGCUGCUGCUGUUCGGAGGAGUGGUGGGGUUGUACUUCCCUCAGAAGGAAUACACUGAGACGGUGUACGUUGGACAGCCUGCGGGGACGCCCAUCCUUCAGGUCCACGCAAUGCUGGACGGCCGGUCGGAGCGGCCUCAUUUCUACCUGUGCGGCAGCAGGCGGCCGCCGUACGCACUCUGGUUCCAGAUGGAUGUCCAGACCGGAGAGCUGUCCCUCAGCAAGACGCUGGAGGAGACGGACUUCGCCUCGCUGUAUCAGAACUCCUGGCCCGCCAAGCGACUCGCUCUCCAAGUCAUGGCUCUAAACAGUGUCAGCAAGCGCGCGCCGUGCUCCAGGAACUCAGCUCACAUCACACUGGACUUUGUCAACGGUUCGAUGCCGCAUUGCGCCCAGACGGACAUGAAGGAACUCUGCUUCCCGCACAGAGACACAUCCAACCCACACAUCAUAGAGAACAGGUUCCCUGGGGUUCUCCGCCAACUCCGGCGGCUCACCAGACUCACCGUCUGCCCCAACUACACCAUCGCCUACGGCGUGGAGUCAGAGACUCCUGCUCCGUUCGCCGUGAACGGAAACACCUCCGAGCUGGUGGUGACCGCCCCGCUGGACCGGGAGGAAAGCGAAAACUACAGACUGCUGCUGGUCUGCACGGUCCAAACGGAGAGCGUCGUCACCAAGGUGGAAACUCCGCUGGAUGUCUUCGUGGACGACGAGGACGACAACGCGCCGUACGUCAACGGGACGGACACGGCGGAGGUCGUGAUCAGUUUUAAUCGGACGAAGGGCGCAGCUUUCGGCACCUUGUUUGUCUUUGACAGGGACUUAACCACCUUGUUUCCUAAAGACCUGAGCCACAACAGGUAUGUGGGGACUUUGCUGAGCAGUGAGUCCUGGAUUAAAGACACGUUUGACAUAAAGGGAACCUUCAGUGAACGCAGAGCGUCUCCUGGUGGCAUUCGAGAGUCGGUUUACGAUUACCAGUUGAUCCUGAAGAGGAACCUGGACAUCACGGAGAACCGGACUGUGUUUCUGGAUUAUUUGGUGAAUGACACCACCUAUCCGGGUCUGGAGGGAACGGUGCUGCUGCACUUCAACGUCACCAUCUUACCGGUUCAGAUCCGCUUUGCCAACAUCACACACGUCUUCACGCUGUCACGAAAAGCUUCAGUAUACGCACAGGUUGGAAGAAUCUGUGUGGAAAACUGCCUGGAGUUCGACGGCUUCAGCGUCUCUUACCAGCUGCAGGUUCUUGAUAAAAACAUGUCAUCAGAGCUGCUGUCAUGUUAUUCCGCCAUAAGCAUCACCCAGGCUCCAGACAGGAUGCUGGGACUUUUAUAUGUUAAUAACUCCGGCGCACUGAGCAAGCCGGGCUGCCAGGACCUGGACUACACGGUGGUAGCUCAGGAGGAACACACUCAGCUGGUCGCCAGCACUCAGAUCCGCAUUUUACUGCACGGUGAAGCAAAUGUCAGUCAGGAGAGCCAGCAGCUGUUGUCCUGCGCAGAGAACAGACAGAGAGACGACUGUGAGGCGUCUCAAGGCCUGGGAGCAACGACUGGGGAGUGUCAGUGGAGGCAAGGCUCUGAGAAAGGAAUAUCUGAAAACUAUUCGACCUGCUCCCCUGACCUGCAAACAUGUCCCGAUAGCGUUUGCGAUGCGGUAGAAAGCAGAGACACUUCGAUUUGUCCGCAGGACUGCACGACGGAAAGUGUAACCGGAGGUCACGAACGAGGCCUGAGUGGGAGCGGCAUCAGAGCCGGCUAUGGGACCUGCUACUGCUUCUCUGAGAAAUGCUUCUGCGAGAACGCGGACGCCGAGGCCGUUGUGUCAAAAAACAGGUUCCCAGACGUGAUAUGUGACGACAUGUGUAAAACCAUCGUUGCCACCGCUCUCCUCUGCUGCUUCAUCAUUUCCGUCCUCCUGUCCUCAUACUUUAUCCACCGGUACCACAAGAACUCACCCAAAGCUCCCAUCGCGUUCGCUGAGAUGACCUUCCGUCGGCCAGCACAGUCUUACCCUAUCAGCUUCCCUGCCAACAACGUGCGAAGGGGCUCACAGGAAUCCAUAGAGGCAGAUGCCUUUAAAAUACCUGAGGAUCCAAAGUGGGAGUUUCCUCGUAAAAACCUGGUCCUGGGGAAGACUUUAGGUGAAGGGGAGUUCGGUAAAGUCGUCAAGGCAACGGCUUUCAGAUUGAAAGGAAAAGCCGGUUACACCACUGUGGCUGUGAAAAUGCUUAAAGAAAACGCUUCACACACCGAGCUGCGUGACCUCCUGUCCGAGUUCACCCUCCUGAAGCAAGUCAACCACCCACACGUCAUAAAGAUGUACGGCGCGUGCAGCCAGGACGGGCCUUUGUACCUCAUCGUUGAGUACGCCAAAUUUGGGUCGCUCCGUAAUUUCCUGCGUGAGAGCAGGAAAGUUGGUCCCAGCUACAUGGGCAGGGAUGCAAACCGAAACUCCAGCUACCUGGAGAACCCUGAUGACAGGGCACUGACCAUGGGAGACCUCAUCUCCUUCGCCUGGCAGAUUUCCAGAGGCAUGCAGUACCUGGCAGAAAUGAAGCUCGUUCACAGGGAUCUCGCGGCGCGAAACGUCCUCGUCGCCGAGGGACGAAAGAUGAAGAUCUCCGACUUUGGUCUGUCCCGGGACGUUUAUGAGGAGGAUUCGUAUGUUAAGAGGAGCAAGGGCCGAAUUCCUGUGAAGUGGAUGGCGAUAGAGUCUCUAUUCGAUCACAUUUACACAACUCAAAGCGAUGUCUGGUCCUUUGGUGUGCUGCUGUGGGAGAUAGUGACCCUGGGGGGGAACCCGUACCCAGGAAUUGCUCCUGAACGCCUCUUCAACCUCCUCAAGACCGGCUACCGGAUGGAGAGACCAGAGAACUGCUCUGAGGAAAUGUAUAACCUCAUGCUGCGGUGCUGGAAGCAGGAGCCGGACAAGAGGCCGACGUUCUCAGAUAUCAGCAAAGAGCUGGAGAAGAUGAUGGUGAAGAGUCGGGACUACCUGGACCUGGCGGCGUCCACGCCGGCCGACGCCCUGCUGUACGACGACGCCCUCUCCGAAGAGGACACCCCACUAGUGGACUGUAAUAACGCCCCUCUCCCUCGAACCCUCCCCUCCACAUGGAUUGAAAACAAGCUCUAUGGUAGAAUCUCCCACGCAUUUACUCGCUUUUAGAAACAGGACACACGACUCUCUUUUUUGGCAAGCUGUGAUUGGCUGUUUUUAUUUGUUUAUUUGUUUUGUUUAGUUUUUUAACCGUAGUCAAGUGUGUGUGACUGUGACCUAGGCAUGCUUCUUUUGCUGUUUGAUUCUCCCAUUUCACCGUAAAUGAGAGGCUCAGUGUGGGAAGAAAGAAAAAAAGAUCCUGUGUCUUUUCUUUUCUUUUAUUUGGACCUGCUUCUAAUGUGUGCUGACCAAAAAAUACAACAUUUGUAAAUAUCGACUAUAUUCUAAUUUAUUAUCUAUCACUGAUGUUAAUUAGUAGAUGGCUCAUUUUCACCUAAAGCUUGCAUCGUUUGAAACACUGGAGGGAACGGAGUGUAACAUUUGAAACAGGUCCUCACUGAUUCACUGUGGUUUGGAAGUAAUUCUUCUGACUUUUAUGUGUUUUUAAAAAGCUGAACAGAGUAAACAGUAAGGCUUUUGAAUGCAACUCUCGGGUGACAAAGCCUGCAUCAUAAAAACACAAGUAAUUAAACAUUUGUAGAACGAGCUACCAUGAAAACUUCCAGGAAAAAUGGCAGUUUCAUUACUUACACAAAAACAUGAAUAGUAGCUUAAUUUUAUUUAAGACAGAUUAGUUACACUGGUAAGAUGAUAUAUUAUUUAAAAUUAUAAUGAUAAUGAUUUUAAUAGGUGAGUUUAUCUGCUCCAGUAAGUUAUUUUAGUCUCCAUAAUUAAUAUUUUAGGAACAAAAAUGUGUUUCCUGUCAUAUUUAACUAUUAAAAAAGUAGUUUUCUCAUCUCUACUCCUAUUAAAACUCAUAAAACACAGAUAGAAAUACAUCAGCCGUUAGUUUCUGUUUACAAGUGUAAAAGAAGGCUAAAUAUUUCUGAAAAAGUCCAGACUCACAGAUUACGAUAAACGAUAAUAUUCUUAUUUUGAAACCAUUUUCAACCAAUGAUGUAAUAACGUAAGAACACAUUCUCAAUAUGAAUAAACUUUAAAACCUAAUGAACAUUUAAGACUGAAGACAUUAAUUUAAUUAAAUAUUAAAAUAAAAUAAAAACAACAAAUAAAAUGCAUGAAUUCUUUAAACAAAAUUAUCCUUCAAAAAAGGGAUAGUUGAGACAAAAACACCAGACUGAAGAUUUUUAGUCAGUUUUGUGUAUUUUUGGCUCCUCCUCUCCCUCAACCUAUGCAUAGUAAACAGUUAUUAAUAAUACAUAGAGUGUUUAUAGAUAACUUAUCAUAUCUAUUAACCAUUUAUUAGCCAUCUAUUGUAAAGUGUUUUUUAGGUUGUAUAAAGUCUGAAACCUGGCACAGCCAGUAAAUACCACAGAGUUUGAUUCCAGAGCCUUACUGCCUGUUUACCUCUCACAGAGUGCAGAAAAAUGAUAUGUUCUCAUUUUUAGGCAUGUCAUACCCCAGCUGGCCCGAGACGAGCCCGGUACCUCUCAGCAGACACGAUGCCAGUAAUCCGGUCUUUACAAGAUAUGCCAAUGAUAGUGUUUAUGCAAACUGGAUGGCUUUGCCUUCACCUGCUAAAGCUGUGGACAAGCUCGAUAGCUAAAGGCAACACUGCACUGUAGAAAACAUGGGUAACUGCUAGAUGUAUAUUUAUUUUUCUGAGUUUGUAUUGACCCUUUGCAACUACGUCACUUAAUCACUGGAGGUGCCAUGGUGGACAUCGGAAAAGCGGGAUGGUAGUAGUUCAGCAUCAUCUUGUUAGAUGUUUGAGACCAGCAAAAAGAAAAUAUGUGGAAACUCUUGACAAGCGUGCAAGAGAAAGAUAGAUGAAAUGGCUGCUGUCGGGAUUGACUCAUGAGAGAGUAGAAAAAUAUCUCAGACAACGUGGACAAGCUGCCUCUGAUCUCAGACGUAUUGUUAACACGGAUUAAAUGUUCCAAAAGAUUUGUGAAAACGUACGAACUCUUCAGGUUCUGGUGACUGUAAAAGUAAGUACAUGCAGUAACACGCACAUAGGCUACAUGUCUGUUUUAGCUUUAGAUAAAAGC